CUCCGAGCGCGGCCGCCGCCAUCUUGACGCUGCGCAGUUCCGAGCCCGCCGGAAGUGACCCCGGCGCCGCCAUGUUGUGCGCUGAGGGGCAGGCGGGCUCCCUCCGCCAUCUUGGGUGCGGCGGUGGCCUCAGGGCAGUUGCCAUGUUGAGUGUGGCGCGCCUUGCGUUACAAAGCAGGGUGGCGGGGCCAGGACGCCUAAAUCCCCCCUUGUUUUUGGUGUGAAUCCCACAAAAACGACCCCUUGUUUUUUCAUCAGUAAUUCCCAGCCUCACUGCGUUUGCGCGGAGAUGCCCACACCGUCCCCUCACACGAGGGGACCUGCCCCAACACCAAGCGGGGAAAAAUGGCGGGUGCGGGGGGUUAAAGAGUGACAGAACCAUUGAGGUUGGAAAAGCCCUCCCAGAUCAUCGAGUCCAACCUGUGACCGAUCCACCCUUGUCACCCAGACCAUGGCAAUAAGUGCCACUGUCCAGUCUUCCCUUAAACACCUCCAGGGACGGUGAUUCCACCACCUCCCUGCGCAGCCCCUUGCAAAAAAAUGCCACCCCCUACUCUGAGGGCUUCCCUCCCUUUCUCUUACAAUUAUUACCCAUUAUUAUUGAAUUUCACGACUUUUUCCUCACAGCAAGUUUAUUUAUGAAGUGAGUUGUGACCAACACAUGCUGAAAAAGCCGCUGGGGGCAAAGGUAGAGGCAGGAAGAGAACAAGGAGGAGGAGGGUGAAGAAGAGCAAGAGGAGGAGGCAAAGCAAAUAUAUUUAUUAAGUGAAUCACAAGCAACACACACUGAAAAAGCCACUGGGGAGGAGGGAGGAGAGAGAAGGAGGAGGAAGAAGAGGAGGAGGAGGAAGAGGAGAAGAGGGUCUUGCUAUGGCGUGAAGUGCCACCAUUUGAAGGUGAAGGGCCGUCGCUGGACAUUGGUGCCGCACCGGACCUCGCCCAGGCUGCCGUGGUAGGAGGCCACCUCCUCGAGGAAACGGCAGCUCAGACCCAGCGGCUCCAGGAGGGAGCGGAUCCGCUGCUCCAGGCAACAUUCCCCCGCCGUCACGGGGCCGAAGGGUUUGGGGAUGCCCAACUCCUUGGCCAGGACGAUCAUGGUGACCUGUGGGAUGACACCGAGGGAGAUCAGUGGCGUUGGGGUUGAUGACACCCAAGGGAAGGUGUUGGUCACCCUCCUCCAUCAGCCCCAGCCCUCAGCCCACCAACACUGAUUUCUGCAGCUGCCCUCCCACAGAAUUCCAAAUCCAACAUAAUUUUCCCUUUUUUAUCAUUAAAACCUGCCUCACUAUCUCAAUUUCACCGCUUUGAGAGGGUUUUUACCUAAAACCCCACUGCAAGCAACACAAAGCCACAAAGUUAUGUUAGGCCUGCUGAAUGGCGAUAUUUCCUUUUUCUAGACAGCUGAUUUGUUUUGGGACAACUCUGGGGACUCAUCCUGGCUGACUAAGCUGGUUUUUGGAGAGGACCUGAGGAGUGGGGACCCCCUCACCGUGUUGGGGAAAUACGGCACAGCUUUGCCCUGCUUGUCGAGCUUGAAGAGAGCGGGCAGGUCGAUGAUGUCCUCCUCUGUCAAUCCCAGCUCCCUCUUGAGGAUAUCCCUGUUCCAGUCGAUGCAGCGCUGGAGGGGAUGGAGAAGGGCAGGUUGAGGGGGGGACACACAUGGGCACAGUCCCCAAAACCAUCUCACGCAGGAGAAGAGCCAAAACACACCACGUCCCUUUGCACCACCCUGGGGCAGUUUUUGCAAGAAAUAUAAAUUAUUACCAAAAAUGUCAGUUCUUACCUGGGCAUACUGGUUCUGCUGUGCCAAGAUGUCAUUGGAAAGGACCUUGUUAAUGGUGACUCGUUUCGUGUCUGUCCCCGAGUACCCUAAAAAUGCAACGUCCCAUCAAAAUGAAGCCUGGCUUAGGAUGGGGUACACAGAUGGAUAAAGUCCCCCAUAUCCCAAUUUCCUGAGCUUGGAGUCACAAUUCUUAGUGUAUUGGGAAAGUGAGGGAAGAAAAGCUCUGCCCAUUGGAAAGAGCACUGGAAAGGUCUUGUCAUCCAUCUUCCUGCCCACAGGAAUCGUUAUCUGCUGAAUUUCUCCAGAGCAUCCACCACCAGGAUUUGGAUCCACCCCCUGCUUUGGGGCCACCUGGGUCUUCUCAGUGACCUUGAGGGACCCCUGGAGAUAUGGAGACGUGCUUCCAAACCCAUCACGGAUCAAAAUCCCAAAGAAAGGAUUCCCAAAGUGACAAAACGGUGCUAAUUUGGGUAACGUGAGAGCUGCCAGUUGUCCCACUCCGUGCCGGAGCUCCGCUGGCAUUUGGAGAUGCUCCAUCCCACCAACCAAGCAUCCCCUCCACGCGGAGGGCUUUAUCCCUGCCAUCCCACUCGCUUCCCAAAAUAGGCCGUGAGGAGGCUGGGGGUGGUGGGCGGGCAUCCCAUUUGCCAACUGUGAAGGACAACUGGGUGGGACGAUGUCCCCGCGUGGCCCCGAGUCCCCCUGUCCCUCCGGCUGCCCUCGGCCCGGCUACUGCGGCUCCACUGACACCAAACCCUGCCCAGAGCCACCCGUGUCCCCUUGCCUUUGAACAUGGUGGCUUCUCCCUGGCCUUCCUUCUGCUUCUCCCGGAAAAGCUUGUAGCACGCGGCGGGACUGGCCAUCAGCAUCCGGAAUCGCUGCGGGAAGGCGGGAAGGAGAGGAGUCACCCAAAGGGGAUUUUCCAGAGCCUUGGGAGACCCCAGGGACUUAGUUUUGCAAAGAACCUGUGCUAAAACUCUUUGAAUUAGGUGUCUUUGCUGCUAUUUAGUGCCUUUUUUAAUGCUUGGAGGGUUUGUGGGGAAUGUGUGGGCAUAAAGAUUCCUUUUUUGAGUCAUCCAGGUCAAAGCUUGGUUUUCCUGAGGAAAAAGUCUUGUGUCAGGGUUUCCCUGAGGGAAAAAUCUGUAUCAGAUGCAGCAAAAACUUUGACAGAGGAAAGAGAAAUGUUCUGGAAACAUCUGGGAGAAGCUGAGCCGCUGGGAAUCUCCAGGGUCAUGGAUUUGCAUUGGAAUCUUGAGGUUUAAAGUUCUUGGACUACCUGUGCAAGCAUCGUUUUCCUUCUGUUGCUGUUAAUUAUUCACUCAGCAAGUCCCUUUUCGUGCUCAGAUCCCACAUUUUGGGGACAGGAGUGAAACCCAAACUGUUUGGGAGUGCCAAAGAAAUGAGUUUUGGGGUUUUUCCUAGAGGUGACCUAAUGGGAUUAGUAUCUUGGAAGAGGAACACCAAAGGGAUGUGGGAUUUUGGGGUACCUUUUUGUCUGAGGUGGGCACGAACGUGAGGAACUCAUUGACGUUGCCCACGGCCAACCAGUCAGAGUAGAGCUCCACGGGAGCCUGGACUCGCUGGGCAUGGAGGAAGUCCCUCACCAUCCUGGUCAUCCUCCUCCCUGUGGAUCUGGGAGUGAAAUCCCCAAGAGAGGGAGUGCGAGGAUGAGGAUUUAUCCAUCAACACAUACUUGGAUGUAAAUAGCCGCCAAGGUGGAGGAGACUGAGCGUGCCCACCCCUUUCACAGCCACUCAGGCAAGGUCUAAUUAACCCAAUUAACAUGACUUUGAUGAUAUUUUGGGGCUCUUGUGGUUCCUUUGCUCCCAAAUCCGUGUGUUCCCCAUGCCUUACGUGGGGAAGCUGCUGCCGAUGAGGAUCCUGCCCAGGGGAUACUCCUUCCCCCCCACGGACACGGGCGGACUGACCUCCAGGUUGCCGAAGGAGUCGAGGCUGGUGAUGGCUUCAAACAGGGGCUCCUUGUGCACGUACCCGAAAUCGGAGCCCUGGAAAAAGAGGGAUCACUGCCCUGAGUCCCUCCUGCCUCCGGCGUUUGAUCCUCCAGCCGGGCUCAGACCUGCUCCGGAGGGUAAACACAGCAAGAGGGAGGCCCACCCAUGGGUGGGGAGAGGGGAAAGGAAAGGCGAGAGGAGAAAGGUCUCUGGGUCACAGAGGCUCAGGAAUAAACAGCAAAAUCCAGGAGCAGAGCUGAGGCGUUGAGAUCCCACAUCUCCCCUGCUAUCCCACAGCCAAGAGUUAAGUGUCCACAUUAGGUUAAUUAGUGCUGGGACAGCCCUGGAGCGGAGCUUCUGGAUGGCUCUUCCUGAGUGGGAUGAACUGCAGCCCCUGAGGGUGAGUCUAAGAGCCACCCAAAGGGCUGUAUGGCACUUAAAUCCUGCUUAAGCCCUGAUUUCCAGGUCUUAAUAUAUCUGGGACUGAGGGUGUUGUGCAUGCAGGGUAAUUAACUCUUGGCUGUGAUGUGUCAAAGCCCAAAGGGGAGAUUGUGGAGUUAAAAACAGGGCAAAAAUGGCAACGAUGGGACACAAUUCUUGCCGUGGACCUGUCCUUGAUCUCCAGUUUGAGUCAACACGGGCUUGGAGCUCCCAGCAGCCCCUGGGACCAGAUCAGGUAUCUGUUAGGUUGGAGUUAAAUCCCAAUCACUUAUCAGGGUUGGGUUUCCAUGGGGAUAAACUAAAUAUACAGAUCGGGAAAAAUGAGCAGGGAGACCCGAGAGUGCUUGACUUCCAUCUAGAAAUUCCUUUUUUCAAUUAAGGGUGUUUGGAGAAGCCAGGAUAGACAGAGCACAGCUUUCCCCGAGGCUCCUUGUGGGGUUUUGGGGAGUCUCUGGGGGAUUGCUGGGAUCAGCUCCUCUCUCCGGGUGCUGAGGGGGGGACUGAGCAUGAAACACCUGCUCUCAGCUUGUUUCAGUUUAAUAAACCACGGAGCCCCUCCGGUUUCAACUGUCAAGACACUGGUUCAUCCCAGGUUUGCGGGUCGCAUCCAAGUCCUAUCAGUUCCCCGUUGAUUUUGAGGGACUAAUUCCCUGCCGGCUCUGUUUCCCUGGCGCGGGGUCCCAGGGCUUAGGGCUUGGCCGGGGUGCGAGGAGGACCCCGUGCGUGCCGAGUUUGGCUCAAUAUUCUGAGCUGGAAAAUGAGAUUGGAACGAUAGCGGCGGGGAUUAGGGGAGGCUUCAAAGCAGAAAUCGGAGAAUAAUGUGUUAGCGGCUCCCAAGGCUGAAAUUGCUUCCCUAAGUAGGGAGCAAAGCAAUUCCUAAAGAGGGCAGAUCCGAGCGGGCGCCCGCUUAUUCGCUAUUGCCACCCGCCGCAUGACUCCGAGACUCUAUGUACUCAUGUCAGGCAUGAGAAAAGAUGGAUUUCAAUGCUCCUGAAAGCUCUUAACCUUCCCCAAAGUGACAAAAAAAGUGACUCGUCCUCUUCUCCCGUUACUGGCGGAGAGAGGAUCUGGGCUGAGGCUGCUGCCAGCGCCCGCUGGGAGUGUGGGACAGCGAUUCCGUGGCUAUUUGGGGGUGUCCUGCCCUUUCUGCAUGGUGGGAUCUCAAAGGGAUCAUCUUUUUUUCCAUGCUCGUCUUUGCUGGGCUCUGCCAAAUCGCCCUCUGCGGGGUCACCGCCAUCCCGGCACGCCCUGCCCAUGGCUGGCCCUUUGCCUUGGCAAAGAAGCCCCACGGGGAUGCUGUUGGCAGCUUGUUCUCUUCCAAGGAAGUAAGUUGACCCCUCUCAUGCUUCCCUUUCCUCUCCUGCUCGGAAGCUGCUGGAUAUUCACGGGCAUAGGGGAGGAAAGGAAAAACCAGCCCACCACUGGGGUGCUGAGGGUGAAGAAUUCCAGUCCCAGAGCUUGGCAGGAAUCUUUCAUUCCCAGAGGCGUGAGCUCCUCCUUUCCUCUCUCACCCAGCACCUUCUGAUCCCUGCUUUGAGGGGGAGUGAGGGUGUUGGUGUGCUCCCAACUGGAAGUGGAUGAGAUAGUAUCUCCAUGCAAAGCUGUUAAACUCAUUUUCCAGGCAAUUCCUUGUAUGGCCCCCAAGAAGCCAAGUGCCAGGAGGGUUUUAGGAGUGGAGAAUUACAUGAGGAAUAAAACCUGCAAGCUGCUCCUCAGGCAAUGCAAGCAAAUCCUUCUCUUACCAGCAGCUCCUUGACGGGGAGUUGCUCCAUCCCUCUAUCCCGAGGGGAAUCCAGCACCACUGGGAAGCACUUUUGGGGAGCGUGGGUGUAGCCAAACUCAAUCUCAUCCUGAAGAAGGGAGGAAAUCCCGCAUGGGGCACAGGAAGGAAAAGCUUUUCCCUGCCUCUGGAGCCCCCCUACCUGCAUCCAGCGAUCCCCACGGUUGGUGUAUCCGAAGCAAACCUUCAGCUUGCAGCCAGCCUUGGUCACCAGGGUCUGGAUCUCCUUGGUGAACAGGUAGUUGUCCUUCAUGCUGGGAAAGGGGAUGGCAGGAGGGAAGGAGAUGAAGGGUGGAUAUUGCCUCUGCCCAGCCUCUCUCCGGGACUGGUUUGGCUGGGAAUGCCCUCCCCGGCCUCACCUGCAGAGGAAGACGUUCACCGGCGCCAAGGUGUUGGGGGUCAUGAUCCACGGGGCCACCCGGAACACCACUGUGUCUGUGAAGGCUGGAGUGUGGGGGAUACCCUGAGGGAGCAGGCGGGAAUCAGGGUCUGUCCACACACUAUUCCCCCCAAAUGCCCUUCCACUGAGGUAGUUUUUGGGGUUAAUUAAUGGGGAUCACUCUCCAUUCCCUCCCCAUCCCCUUCUCUGGGAUAGCUGCAACAAGGGAGCCCAUCUGCACCCCUUCCCUGGAGCUCCCAGACCUCUGCCAGCGUCUCCAGGAGGCUGACAUGGAUGGAGACCAGCCCGGAGAAGGAAUCGUUGGGAAAGCAGAGCCCCUGGACGAAGAAAUCGAGCUCAGCGGCCCCGCCGGGGUAGGACACGGCGUGGAACAGCUUCCUGCAGCCCAGCACCUGCACAUAGCGCUGCCCAAAGAAGGGAUCUGCAAGGAAACGGGGAAAAUGGGACAAUUCCAAGCGUUCAUUGGUGUUCCAAGCCUAUUUUCUUGUGCAAGGAGGACUCACAGUCCCUCUGUGCUGGAGUUUUUCCACCUCUGUGGAGAUACAACUUUGUUAGAACCACCUCAAAACAGGAUGGAAGGAUUUCGCAAUUUUGUCAUGGACAGUGAGUAUGAGGAAAAAUAUCUUGGCCUUUCCUUGGAUGGAACAGCCACUGGGAAGGCAUUUUCAUGGAGUUUCUGCUCAUCCAUGGGAUGAAAAUGCCACCAGGCUGACAGGGAGGGAGGGCAGAGAAGAAAGGGGCAGAGGAGGAAGAGGAAGAAGAGGAAGGGGUAGAUAAGGCAGAGGAGGAGGCAGAGGAGGAGGGGAGGAAGGACUUACUCUGCACAUGGAACACCCCAACCCUGUCAGCGUCACGGACAGAAACAGAGAGAAUGAUUUCGUAUCCCCGGGGCAGGCGCUGGGGCCCCUCCAUCCUCAGCACCAUCUGGGCCAUGUCCUCCAAAUCUAGGGGGCAAACAACAAAAUUAGGAGAUGUCUUAUAUGGUCCCUCCUGGAGUUUGCACCUCCUUCCCAAGAAAGCUGCUCUUCCCUCGCCACCACCCUUUGCAACCUGGAAAAACAAGCCCUGCUCCUGCUGGCGAAGCUCGUGCCUUGUGCUGGGAAACAAGUGCCCUUUUUAGCUUUUAUUUUCCCUCCUCACCCCUGGCACGGCCCGUCCUUGACCUCAGAAACCUGACGGGCACCGGCUCCGUGUGGUUUUAGUUUUCCAGGAACAGGUGGGUGUAUUCCUGGCUGCCUCAUCCCGAGCUCCUUUCACCUGCGUGAGGCAGCCCUGGUGAUUUUUCAGGCUCAGCUUCACGGUUCUGCUUGGCCACAAAUGCUUUGUGUGUUAUGAAAUGCAAAAAAAUUCCCACAUGGAAAGCAUGUCCAACAGCUGGCGGAGAGGAGCUGAUUCCUGAGCAAAAUUCCGUCCCAAAAAACGUUCAAGAGGGGGAAUCAUGGAGGAUUUUUGGGAAGCUCUGUUACCUUCUUUGUUGAACACCUGCUCGUUGUCGCAGUCGGACGCCGGAGCGGAGGGAAUCUCCUUGUCACAGCCGACCAGCAGGAUGGCCCCGUGUCCCUCGGGACCCCAGCUCCAGCUGGCCUACAACAGCCCGCUGAGGCUCAGCAAGCUCAGCCUCAGGCAAGCCCGUGGAUUUUCCAUGGGGAGGGAGAGGGGUUACCUUGUUGGGGCUGUUCCUCUCCACCACGCCGUCCUGGUCCGCGUCGACGUCCAGGGAGAUCCCUGGAUGGACAGCAUGGGUUUCACCCACCCAUCAUGCCAGGGCAUGGCAAGGUUGGGUGGGAGAAAAAGCCCCCCAGACCUGGCAAACGUGGGUCUACCCGUCCCCCCACCCGCCCAAGGGAUCAAUGGGAUGAGGAUGGAUUGUUGCACCCAGGAGCCUCCGUACUCACCAAUGCCAGUGAGGAAGACUCCAGCUUGGGUGAUGGGCUUCCCUUCCCCUCCAUAAAAGCUGACAGUGACCUGCAAACCCCCAGAUCCCCGAUUGGGAAAGGAUGUUCUCCAUCCGUGGAGGUCCCACACCGCAGUGUCCCGUCCCUCACCUUGUUGUCGUUGACCUCGGUGCUGGGCUGGCUCAUGCUGAACCUCAGGACCGUCCCCUCCUGCAGCAGCCACCGCGUCCCACUGCCGGACACCGGCUCGGCCUCGUUGUGGCCCCGGGACACCACAUCCACACUGACCCCCUCCGUGUGCUUCACCCCGAAGGAAACCGCCCCGGCUGGGGCCGCCCUGCCAGAAACACUCCGCGUUUGGAGAGGUUUGCACCCAAAACACUCGGUUCUCACCGCAAUUAAUUCCACGGCCAAGACCGGGCACGCCGGCGUCACCACGCUCACCACCGGCUCCUGCUGCCCUUUCCUGCCUCCCUGGCAGUUUGAGCUGUCCUUUGCUUUUAGGGUAGAAGAUGCUGUUUUAGCACAAGGAGUAUUUGAGCCAGUGCAGAUUAGGAUCUAUAAUAAUCCCAACCAAGCCACUGGAAUUGAAUUUGGGUUUAAUGCCCUUCAGUGGAGAAAUCCCUGUUUAUUUUCCAGCCGGUGUUUGACAGCUCAUCACGGCACCGUGGCCACUCCACUGAGACACUUUUCCAUGGGAAACUCUAGGGGGGCUGAUUUUAUCCAACUAAUUCGGGGGUGGUUUUAUCCAACCCCAAAGCUGACGGUGCUGCCCCACUCCCGGUCCCAUAUGCCCUUUCUCUUCCCCAGCCACUCCGAGCAACCCCUUCCCCUCUUCUGGCUCCUUUUCCCGAAUUUCUGUUUCCCAGCAAAAGAUGCUGGUUUAGCACAUUGGUAUUUGUAGCCAUUGGUGCAGAUUAGGAUCUCUAAUAAUCCCAGUCUAAUUGGUGCUGCUGGAAUUGAACUCGGGCUUGCACUUCAAUGGAGAAAUCCCUGUUUACUUUCCAGCCUGGGCAAACCCGGUGUUUAACAGCUCAUCACAACACUGAGAGACUUUUCCAUGGGAAACUCUCAUUUGGGGCUGAUUUUAUCCAGCUAAUUUGGGAGUGAUUUUAUCCAACCUUUAAGCUGUUGGUGCUGCACCGCUCCCAGUCCAGGGUGCCCUUGCUCCUCCCCAGCCACGCCAUGCAACCCCUUCCCCUCUCCUGGCUCCUUUUCCCGAAUUUCCCAGUCUUUCUAGGUUAUUAUUUUUGGGCUGUUUGCCCCGACACCCGAGAGCUGGUGCCGGAUCCCCGUUACGGCUUCAUUGCUCAGAUGGUUUCUGGAUGCCGACGGCCCCACCAAACCUGCCCCGUCGGGGAGGGGGGAGGGAGGAAACCUGAGCACUCCUUUGCUCCUGCCUGGGUGUCUCUGAAAUUGUUAAAUUACUUUUAAUUAUACAUGGAAAAACUGGUUCAGUUUCCUUGUUUCUUGGUUUUGGGAAUCCCACCAGGAAUUUGACCUGGAGAGGUGCCAGGGGAGUCGUAACUCUGCUGCUUGGCUUGAAUAUCAAGGGUGAGAUUUGCAAAAGCAGCAAAGACCAGAAUUAACCCCCAAAUGAGCUUUUAAACUUUUUUCUUUUCCCCCUUGGGGGGGAAUAAUUGUCCUGAAAUUCAACACUGGGGUUGUUUUAGGGAAGGUGGUGUGGGGAUUUCCCACUUUCCCAAGACACGUUUUUUCGCUAAAUCUUGUUUUCCCCUUCCCUCUCCCAGCUGCAUCCCUUCCUUUGCAGUCCAUCCCUGUGGCUCCUGCUCAUCCCUCCGCUCUCCAGCAGCAUUCCAAGAUGACACCGGAUCAAACCCAGCAUGGACUCGGGAUCUACCCCCAAAGCUGCCACGUCAUUCGACGUCCACGCCACCUCGGCGGUCACGGUCCACAUCAUCCACAGCCCCACCACAAAGCCCAUGAUUAACUCCAGGUGGCCCCUGGAUCCCGACAUAGAGGUCGUGGUGACGAUUGAUGUCACCAGCAGGACUGUCAAUGACAAUAAGGUUAAGAUCUCCUACUAUGGCCGGGAGGGCAACGAGCUGGCGGUGGCCUGGCUGUACCUCACGUGUGUCGAUGUGUCCCUGGACGUGGACUGGAGCCGGAGUGGCAGAGUGAAGAGCAAAGGGAAGGACAAGGCCAAGUGGACAUGGGGUCCAGAUGGACACGGUGCUGUGCUGCUGGUCAACUGUGACCGGGACAGCCCCGGCACGGGGGGGCCGGACAGCGGCCAGGCGGACAUACGGACCCCCGCAGACCUGAAGGACAUGUCCAUCAUGCUGCUGAGGACCCAGGGGCCCAGCGCCACCUUUGCCGAGUACCAGGUGGUCCUGCACGUCUCCGAGACGGACGCGGAUAAAGUGCGGGUUUUCCACGCUAUCCGGAGUGACUCACACCCCCACUACAAGCCCGUGCUGGGGCCGGACAAGCUCUCCUACGUGCUGGACCCCGUCGGCAGUGGGGAGAACACCUUCUACGUGGAAGGGUUGGCCUUCCCUGACAGGGGCUUCUCGGGCCUGGUUUCCUUCAGUGCCAGCUUGCUGGAGGUCCCCCACAAGAAUUCCCCGGGCACCCCGAUUUUCACGGAUACGGUGAUUUUCCGCGUGGCUCCCUGGAUAAUGACCCCCAACACCCAGCAGCCUUUGGAGGUUUUUGUCUGCAGCAUCAAGCAGGGCUCAGAUUCCAAUGAGGCCUUUCUGGAAGGGAUCAAGGUCCUGCUGAAGAAAGCCAACUGCAAGCUGACCAUCUGCUCGGAGCAGGACACCCGGAGCGACCGCUGGAUCCAGGAUGAGCUGGAGUUUGGCUACGUGGAAGCACCACACAAGACCUUCCCCGUGGUCUUUGACUCUCCCAGGAACAGAGGAUUGAAGGAUUUUGCCUUUAAGAAGAUCCUGGGCCCUGAUUUUGGCUACGUGACCCGUGAACCCCCCGGGAAAAACAUCACCAGCCUGGACUCCUUCGGCAACCUGGACGUCAGUCCCCCGGUGACGGUGCGAGGGAAGGAGUAUCCCUUGGGAAGGAUCCUGAUCGGCAGCCCCCUGCCUUGGGCCGCGGGCCGGAGGAUGUCCAAGGCUGUCCGGGAUUUCCUGUACGCCCAGAAGGUGCAGGCGCCGGUGGAGGUUUACUCGGAGUGGCUGAGCGUGGGCCACGUGGAUGAAUUCCUCACCUUCGUCCCGGCCUUCGACAGGAAGGGAUUCCGGCUCCUCCUGGCCAGUCCCAACGCCUGCUACAAGCUCUUCAAGGAGAAGCAGAGGCAGGGCCACGGGGAAGCCACCCAGUUCAUUGGGCUGAAGGGCAGCGAGAGGAGGAGCAUUGACGAGAUCCUGGCGGACGAGUCGCUCAAGAGCGACAACAGGCACGUGCAGCGCUGCAUCGACUGGAACCGUGACCUGCUGAAGCAGGAGCUGGGCCUGAGUGAGCAGGACAUCAUCGACAUCCCCCAGCUCUUCAUCCUCAUGGGCUCCCGCGCCGACGCCCUCUUCCCGGACAUGGUGAACAUGCUGGUGCUGGGCAGGCACCUGGGCAUCCCCAAGCCCUUCGGGCCCGUGGUGGGCGGGCAGUGUUGCCUGGAGCAGCGCGUGCGGGAGCUGCUCGAGCCCCUGGGCCUCACCUGCACCUUCAUCGACGACUAUUUCUCCUACCACGUCCUGUCUGGGGACGUUCACUGCGGCACCAACGUCCGCAGGAAGCCCUUCCCCUUCAAGUGGUGGCACGUGGUGCCUUGAGGCCCCCGGGGAUGCACCCAGGUCCUGCCACCGGGGGUUGAAGCUGCAUUUGGUGCAUCGGAAGAUGCAUCAAAAUGAAGGGUUUUGCCAAUAAAGCUUCUUGAGCACCGAGGGCACAGCUC